AUGGGGAAAAUAGGUCCCCAUACAAAACUGGCAAAAAACACAUCACCAGACGGGGAAAAGUCCCAAACAGACGGCACGACCGUGCCAAAUGACACAACAACACGACUCCUCUCUCCCGAUGAACAGCGGGGACGAGAGAAGGAGAGUGAGAUAUUAGCGAAAGAAAUGUCAAAAAAGAAACUCGCCAAACCGGCGAGCGUCAAAUACUUCACAACCCGACAGAGCCGCCAAAACCGCGCUCUGUCCGCGACACAAAAGAACACAACGGGCACCCGCGUCGGCACCACGAAACCCACGCACAAAAGCCCAACCAACCGCGUCGCGUCGACUUCCGCAUCUGCGAACAGACCGACGGCGACAAACACACCAGAAAACUCCACCCCACAACAACAGCAAGGGGCAGGGAAGAGAAAAUCACAAAUACCCACAAGAAUUCCACACAAUUUCGAGAGUCCCAACCGAUUUGAGGCCCUAGGGGACUCGGAUGAAGAAGGCGAGAAAACCGUCUCUCCAGACGUCAACCCGCCACCGCCACCACAACAAGCACCACCAGGGGAUACACCUGCACCUUGCACCUCUACAUCACACGACGACAACUCGACUCCCGCCGUCGCGGGUCGACAACAGCCCACCGUCAGCGGAGAGGACGAGACAAAUCCGAGGAAUGUACCUCCAAUAGUGGUGUACCAAUUAGAGGGGUACACCAAACUAAACAAAGAUAUAAAGAGCAAGAUAUCAGGCCCCUUAAAGGCCAUCUUCCGGGGGGCGGCGGCGGUGGUGGCCUGGGAGGAGGCGAGGCGAGGCGGCGCCGACGGUGGCGUGUGGUACGGCGAAAACGGGACGGACGGCGGAUGUUGGAGAGGCGCCGCGCACGCAGACACAUGGAAGGAAGGAACGAACGAACGCAAGGGAACAAAUGGAGGGGGCGAAUGUGGAGAUGAUGCGGGCAGGCGGUGGUCAGAGGCGGUGCGCGGCAGUGGGAACGCCUGCCUGGCGGCUGGGACGGCCAGCAAAUGCGGUUGGAUGGGCGGCCACAGCACCGCACCUGUGCCCAAGGAGGCGACGCUGGCGGCGGGGCCCCCUCGGAUGCGGCCGGCUGGGGCUGUGACAAGCAGCGGUGUAUGGUGGUGUGCGGGGCGGACAGGGGCGGCGGCGGUGGUGGCCUGGGAGGAGGCGAGGCGAGGCGGCGCCGACGGUGGCGUGUGGUACGGCGAAAACGGGACGGACGGCGGAUGUUGGAGAGGCGCCGCGCACGCAGACACAUGGAAGGAAGGAACGAACGAACGCAAGGGAACAAAUGGAGGGGGCGAAUGUGGAGAUGCGGGCAGGCGGUGGUCAGAGGCGGUGCGCGGCAGUGGGAACGCCUGCCUGGCGGCUGGGACGGCCAGCAAAUGCGGUUGGAUGGGCGGCCACAGCACCGCACCUGUGCCCAAGGAGGCGACGCUGGCGGCGGGGCCCCCUCGGAUGCGGCCGGCUGGGGCUGUAGAGGACGCAGCCUGCGCUCUACUCCGCUCCGCCGCCGCCGCCGCUGCCGCUGCCGCCGCCGCUGCUGCUGCCCUGGUAGUUCCCGCCCGGCCGCCAGAGGGUGCGCGCUGCAGCUGCCGCGCGCCUCUACUGCUGCCGGCUUCACUCGGCUGCCAGUCGCCCCGUGACCGCGGGAGGUUACGCACCUCCGCGCCACGGCCGCUGCGGUACGUCCGAGGCCACCUCCAGAGAUCGACUGCCACCGCCACAGCCUGA